ACAGGAAAUAUCAAAUGAAGAAUAUCUUUGUUUACAUGGGUCCGAAGAAGCAGGAAACGCUUCAAUUUGAUUAGUUUAGAAAUGAUCUAGGCACGUUUUCUUGUUGAAUCACUUUGCAAACAAUGAAAAACGAUCCAAUUGUCUUGUUUAGUUAGAUCUUUGGAGCAUGGUGAUGGUGUCAGCUUGCUACGAUGGUAGCUAGCUAGCUAUCUCGACGUUAGCAACAAUCAGUCGCUAGCUAAACAGCUCACGGAGGACGACUGACUAUGAUAUUUGACCUCCGACGUUAUUAAGAUAUUAAAAUAUUUAUAAAAGUUAAGAAAAAAAAUGGAUAUCAGUCUAACAGUUUCCCUAAUGCAGGGCCAGAUGGGUACCGUGAUAGAGAGAGCGGUGAGUGCCGCUGUUGAGACGGUGUUAGGGGAGAUGCUGAAGGUGGUCGGUAUUAAAUUCGACGAGCUGAAGAGGGAGGUCGCAGCAAAAGAAAAGGAGACCGAGAGCAUCAGACAGAUGCUGGACAUAUCCCGAUCUCAGAUGAAGACAAUGCGGAAGUACAUGAACGCUCUGGGUGCCAGGCAGCAGGAGCACUCUGCCACUUACCAGACCAACCAGAGUACAGCAUUCGGUCAUUCGGAUCCGCAUAGACCUCACUGUUCCUCAGCGGCUGCAUCCGAGGCAGCACAGUCCUCUGGUUUAUCACAACCACAGAGAAGGACGGUUACCAACACCCACACUGCCAUUACAAAUGGAAACGUACAGUCAAGGAAUCAAAUCACUAUCGCUCUACCCUCUGAUAACUUGGCCAGAUCCUCCCAACCUUCUGAGAAUAUUAUAAGGGCCACAUCAUCAUCAUCAUCGUUUGACAGCCAUGAUGACCUGACUGCCACGGUCUCACAAGCUCUGGAGAGCCCAUCAUUGAUCACCCCUGUCUCUGCAAUAAACAGUUCAUCAGAGCACCUGGAACCUUUGAAAGAGGAGCCCCCAGCCCCCCUGGACCCCGAGGUGUCUGAUGAGAGCCAGAGGAGGGAGGAGGAAGAAGAGUGUCAGGCUGAGUGGACCAUCAUUACACAGCCACCAGAGACCAGCACAGACCCUGGGGACCAGCUGGUCCUCUCCCCACCCAGGACUGACGGAGCAGAUUGCUUUGCCACCAUGGCUGCUGGGAGUGCCCAGCCUCAGCUCCAGGUGAAAGAGGAGGAGGCCGAGGUGGAGAUCAUCUGUAUCAAGCAGGAACCGGAGGACGUUGAGAGUUUGCUGUUCAACCUGGCUGCUGAGGUCCUCAACACCCAGGGCAACCUUUUAGACAGGCACACUCAGGGGAGCCUCCUGGACUGUCACAGGACAGUACCCUCACAGGGCCAGAGAGAGAGGACAGUACCCUCACAGGGCCAGAGAGAGAGGACAGCUUCCCUUUCCUCACAGAGCCAGAGGACAUUAACAGAGCACACAGUGUUCAGCUCAGCCAGCCCUUGUACAUAUGGGCUGUCCCAGCCAGUGAUGCCCAUGUCAUGCGGAGUUGCUCCCAGGCCAAUGGUGCGUCCGUGGCCCAAAGACCUGAGUCUGUACGAGGAGUUUAAAAUGAGACGAACUGAGCUGAGGAGGAGGAGCCAGACCCGUCGGAGGGAGAUGGAGAAGAACCUUCCCCAGCCUCUAUUAGCUGACCUGGUGAAGGAGAGACGGGAGAAGACCCGGCUCAGAGUGGCCCGCUGGAGAGCCAAGAGGAAGCUGCAGGCCUGCCAACUGACUCAGAUGAGCCAGACACAACACCAGGCUGGACCUGGUCUGGGCCAGGGGAACAGUGGGCUGGCGAAUCAUAGCCCGAUUAGCCAACACACACAGCACAAAACCACAGGCCCCACUCAGACUCCGCAGAGGAACCGUGCUGCCCUCUCUCAAUCGCAGUACAAUAACAGUUUUUUGUACAACAGAAGUCACUGUGAGACUGGGGCUGGUAACGUUAACUACCCUCCUCACCAGUUCAACUCCUCCUCUCGAAUGCUGGGACAACACGGAGGACACAAUAUGGUGGAGCCUGUCAUGAUAUCAUCCUCACAGCAGGGCCUCUCACUGACUGACGCAGAGCUCUACCAGUAACAGUAGAACAACAGUACCAGGUCUACUCUACCAGUAACAGGAGAACAACAGUACCAGGUCUACUCUACAGGAGAACAACAGUACCAGUUCUACUCUACCAGUAACAGGAGAACAACAGUACCAGGUCUACUCUACAGGAGAACAACAGUACCAGGUCUACUCUACAGGAGAACAACAGUACCAGGUCUACUCUACAGGAGAACAACAGUACCAGGUCUACUCUACCAGUAACAGGAGAACAACAGUACCAGGUCUACUCUACCAGUAACAGUAGAACAACAGUACCAGGUCUACUCUACCAGUAACAGGAGAACAACAGUACCAGGUCUACUCUACAGGAGAACAACGGUACCAGUUCUACUCUACCAGUAACAGUAGAACAACAGUACCAGGUCUACUCUACCAGUAACAGGAGAACAACAGUACCAGUUCUACUCUACCAGUAACAGGAGAACAACGGUACCAGUUCUACUCUACCAGUAACAGGAGAACAACAGUACCAGUUCUACUCUACCAGUAACAGGAGAACAACAGUACCAGUUCUACUUUACCAGUAACAGGAGAACAACGGUACCAGGUCUACUCUACAGGAGAACAACAGUACCAGUUCUACUCUACAGGAGAACAACAGUACCAGUUCUACUCUACCAGUAACAGGAGAACAACGGUACCAGUUCUACUCUACCAGUAACAGGAGAACAACAGUACCAGUUCUACUCUACCAGUAACAGGAGAACAACAGUACCAGUUCUACUUUACCAGUAACAGGAGAACAACGGUACCAGGUCUACUCUACAGAAGAACAACAGUACCAGUUCUACUCUACAGGAGAACAACAGUACCAGUUCUACUUUACCAGUAACAGGAGAACAACAGUACCAGGUCUACUCUACAGGAGAACAACAGUACCAGGUCUACUCUACCAGUAACAGGAGAACAACAGUACCAGGUCUACUCUACCAGUAACAGGAGAACAACAGUACCAGGUCUACUCUACAGGAGAACAACAGUACCAGGUCUACUCUACCAGUAACAGGAGAACAACAGUACCAGGUCUACUCUACCAGUAACAGUAGAACAACAGUACCAGGUCUACUCUAACAGUAACAGGAGAAGAACAGUACCAGGUCUACUCUACCAGUAACAGGAGAACAACAGUACCAGUUCUACUCUACCAGUAACAGGAGAACAACAGUACCAGGUCUACUCUACCAGUAACAGGAGAACAACAGUACCAGUUCUACUCUACCAGUAACAGGAGAACAACAGUACCAGUUCUACUCUACCAGUAACAGUAGAACAACAGUACCAGUUCUACUCUACAGGAGAACAACAGUACCAGUUCUACUCUACCAGUAACAGGAGAACCAAUUAGAGGACACUUGUUUUGUAAGGAUUCUAUUCCCUAUGUGGUGCUCUACUUUGGACAAGGGCCUUUUUGGCUUCCUAGGGAAUACUUUGACUUAUGGGACACAACCUAUUACUUCUGGCUAAUAACAUGAGAUAUUUCACAUGGAAUUGUGUGUCUAACUGUCUAAGACAAAUGUAUUUAAAUGUGCUUUUAUUUUAGGAUAACAGCCUAAUAAUUAUUUAAUUGCUAACAAAAAAAUUACCCCCCAAUUUUUUUUUUGUACAACAAUUCUUUAUUAGAGUACAUUAUUGAUGUUAAAAUAGAGGCAGUGACCAUCCUUACAUGUCUAGAAAUAUACAUACUACAUGAAUAACUGCUAGAAUCAUAACAUGGAGGAUACUGUACUGAAUAACAUGGAGGAUACUGUACUGAAUAACAUGGAUACUGUACUGAAUAACAUGGGUACUGUACUGAAUAACAUGGAGGAUACUGUACUGAAUAACAUGGGUACUGUACUGAAUAACAUGGAGGAUACUGUACUGAAUAACAUGGGUACUGUACUGAAUAACAUGGAUACUGUACUGAAUAACAUGGAUACUGUACUGAAUAACAUGGGUACUGUACUGAAUAACAUAGAUACUGUACUGAAUAACAUGGAUACUGUACUGAAUAACAUGGGUACUGUACUGAAUAACAUGGAGGGUACUGUACUGAAUAACAUGGAGGGUACUGUACUGAAUAACAUGGAGGGUACUGUACUGAAUAACAUGGAGGGUACUGUACUGAAUAACAUGGGUACUGUACUGAAUAACAUGGAUACUGUACUGAAUAACAUGGGUACUGUACUGAAUAACAUGGAUACUGUACUGAAUAACAUGGAUACUGUACUGAAUAACAUGGAUACUG